CUCUUUCAAUUCAGUUUCAAUUUAAGGGGCUUUGUUGGCAUGGUAAACAUAUGUUUCUCCCUCUCUCUGUGCCCAUCUCUCUCACUUUAUAGCUGGGUUCAAUCUUUCUCUCUGCUCUCUCUCUCUCUCUCUCUCUCUCUCUCUCUCUCUCUCUCUCUCUUUCUCUUUCUCUUUCUCUCUCCUCUCUCCUCUCUCUUUUCUCCCAAUGUUUCUUCGGACACUUUAAAAUAACUUUUAUGAAUAAGCCAUUAUAAACACUUAUAAGUGUGUAUAAAUGUUUUAUGAAUUAUUAUAAAUGUUAUAUUAUAAUUCCGUAUGCAUUGUAAGGAGUAUAACACCUAUGCAUUCUUAUAGCUCUUAUAGCUUACAGACACAUUUCGCAUGUUGAUGAGGCCGUGCUGCUGAAAUACACAAACAGCCGCGAGAAAUGUCUGAAAUAGGCUAUAAAGACAGACAAUGUUGAAAUCUACCAAAAUGGACAGAAAUAUAACAAAACUUGCAGUGAGAGUAAACUAGUCUAGCCUAUAAAUUUGCAGCGGCUCAUAACCGCUUCACGAAAAGUGAGCAAUUAAGGUGAUGCGUUUCUAUGAUCAUACAUCCUGUCGAAGAUGAGAAUAGGACAGAGGUGUCGAAUCUAACUCUUAGGGAUGCUCUUCACGUCGACAUCUCAAGAGUCGAUACUGUAAUGAUUCAACUUGUCACAGUUUUACAACAGCCAUAUACUACAUGAACAUUUGGGCAUAGGCUACGAGGAGCGCUGACUUUAAUGACCACUUUCUCUGCUCUGUCUGCUCAGCCGCGGUUUACUCUAUUCAGCGGUGAGAUUUUCGUAGGUUUCUUUCUUCUGUCUCAAUCUCAACGCUUACGAUUGGAGCACCACCAAUGCCGAUAAUUUUUUAGCCUGCUGAUUUCCAUUUGCGCUGGGAGCGCGAGGAAAUACGCUACACAGCUAGGUUAUAAAGAACAAGCCGCCAAGUACAGGAAUUAUAGGGCGACUACCCGAGUGUCAGGAAUACGGGCUACAUUCGCUGAUGGACUAACCGAACCAACUGCAGCCACAAGCCUACCAGUGGAGCCAAAACCGGGAGGGGAGAAAGAACAGUUUCAAUUCACUGACGGUUAUUUCUCAAAGGACCCCCGGGACAGGAAAUCUGACCACUUCUAAUUGUGGAAAACUGCUUUGUGACCGUUACACAUGCUUUUGUUUUGCGCGGUAUGGGUGUAAGGACCGUAUUUAAAGAUACCCAGCAGAUACCAGGCAGUCACAAUACAACCUAUCAAACUCCGUCCAACCGGGCGCUGGUGGUAUAUGGCUGCAUGCAUUAUCAGAACAUAUAUGUUUGUCGUUUCUUUGGACGUAUUUUGAGAUUAUUUUAAGCAGCUUUGGAUACUUUGUUUUUGCGUUGCAUGUGAAUUGAAAGGAGCCUGGAAUUGGCCUUUAUAUGACUUUUCUAUCCUAUAUGAAGGAGUUGGAUAGCGGAACGAGAGGAGAGCGACACAAACAAACAACGGGGACUCAACACUAUUCAUAUUGAGAUCAUUUCGUUGUGAUUUUAGUAGACAUUAUUAACUAAUAUUUUAGUCUAUGCCUUAAAUUCAUUUUAUAGUUCGUAUUAAAUAGUUAUUAAUGUAACGUUUUGUUUUGGACACUUUUCCAUACGGGGUGUCGGUCAUAUGGUGAAACUGGAGGGGUUAACAUAACUGUUAUGGUUUCAGUCAAACAGUGACAGAAAUAAACUAAUCAUUAUCACCCAAGUCUGCCCGCGACCCUUCGGUGACUCACGUGCCAGCCUCAGUGAUGGUCGGAAUAGAGAUCUAACAAGACAACAACCCUGCUGAUGCGACCAGGUACAUUACAAAUAUCUGUGAAGGCUGUUGAUGGAGAGGAUUUCGAAUGACAGCCGGGACAGUGGUCAUCACAGGCGGUAUUUUAGCUACAGUUAUCUUACUGUGCAUCAUCGCAGUACUGUGUUACUGUAGACUGCAGUAUUAUUGCUGUAAGAAGGAGGAGUUGGAGUCGGAGGAGGAGGAGCCCGACUUUGCAGUGACAUCCCGCCUCCCGCCAGUCCACUCCAACCAUAACAUCGUGGCGGCGUCGGUCGCCGCCUCCACCCCUAACGGCCCCGCCCUCUUCACACCGCCUUUAGCGCGGAAACUAACGCGCUCGCAGACAUUUUGCCCUUCGUGCACACACCAUGAUGUGCCCUUCUACCUGCAGCAUCCGGACGGCCUGCGGAACGGCGGCGACCGCAUCAGCUACCGUAGCAUCCAACAGCAUGACCUGGAACUGCCCUUAGAAAUGCCCAGCUACCACAAACUGAACCUGACCCGGUCAGUCACCAUGAGGGACAUGUUCAACCGCAGCUGCAGCAUUAGCACUGACGUCUAGUGGUAUCGGCGACACCCCGUGGCAUAGAGGGCUCAUGGAAACAGAUAGAUAAAUACAAUGGGGACAGAUAGUGGGACUGCAGCUCGACAACCACUGCUCCAUGUCCCUCGGUCUUAUGCUGAGAUAUAACCGCAAAAGAUAAGCAUUGAAAAAAUCCAUCCUCUCCUCAUCCGCUUGCUCUGUGGUGAGUAGGAUGUUGACCCUCAAAUAAAACAGUUUCUACUCUGUCUGGACUCGUAUUGGAUUACCCUAAACCUAAACGGUCAAACUAAACCACCCUCCGGUCUAACUAAAUCCCCUCCGGUCUAACUAAACCACCCUCCGGUCUAACUAAACCACCCUCUGGUCUAACUAAACCACCCUCUGGUCUAACUAAAUCCCCUCCGGUCUAACUAAACCAUCCUCCAGUCAAACUAAAUCCCCUCCGGUCUAACUAAAUCCCCUCCGGUCUAACUAAAUCCCCUCCGGUCUGAUUCCACCACAUCAACUGUACCUUUGAAUAAUAAAUACCAGACUUUCUGUAGUUGCUGCUAAAUAAACCAAGAAACCAUGGUGAUAAGGAUAAAUAAGAGGGCUAUGGAGCCUCCUCCCACUCCUGCCACUCUCCACCAAUCCCCAGCCUGAUCAAGAGAGAGAGAGAGAGAGAGUGUGUGAGAGAGAGAGAGUGAGAGAGAGUGUGUGAGAGAGAGGGAGUG